GGUGGGGGCCGCGCCUCAGCGGGAGGACCGGAGCGGCUGAGGCGACGGAGGGGGGGGGGGGGGUGCCGGCUCCCCCGGUCUCAUUUCGGGGUCUCCCCGCAGAUCCCCGCCGAGAUGUUCUUCACGUGUGGCCCCAACGAGGCCAUGGUGGUGUCGGGUUUCUGCCGCAGCCCCCCCGUCAUGGUGGCUGGGGGGAGGGUGCUGGUGGUGCCGUGUCUGCAGCAGAUCCAGCGGAUCUCCCUGAACACCCUGACCCUUAACGUGCGCAGUGAGAAGGUGUACACCCGUCACGGCGUCCCUAUCUCCGUCACCGGCAUCGCUCAGGUGAAGAUCCAGGGGCAGAACAAGGAGAUGCUGGCAGCCGCCUGCCAGAUGUUCCUGGGCAAGUCGGAGAGCGAGAUCGCCCAGAUCGCCCUAGAGACUCUCGAGGGCCACCAACGCGCCAUCAUGGCCCACAUGACUGUGGAGGAGAUCUACAAGGACCGGCAGAAGUUCUCAGAACAGGUUUUCAAAGUGGCCUCGUCCGACCUCGUCAACAUGGGGAUCAGCGUGGUCAGCUACACCCUGAAGGACAUCCACGAUGACCAGGACUACCUGCACUCGCUGGGGAAGGGCCGCACGGCACAGGUCCAGCGCGAUGCCCGCGUGGGGGAGGCUGAGGCCAAGCGGGACGCCGGCAUCCGCGAGGCGCGGGCACGCCAGGAGCAGGUCUCUGCGCAGCUGCUGAGCGAGACGGCGAUGGCGCAGGCCCAGCGCGACUUCCAGGUGCAGCAGGCGCUCUGCGAUGCCGCCGUCAAUGCCCGCAAGGCCCAGGCCGACCUGGCCUACCAGUUGCAGGUGGCGAGGACGAAGCAGCAGAUCGAGGAGCAGCGGGCGCAGGUGCUGGUGGUGGAGCGGGCGCAGCAGGCGCAGCUGCAGGAGCACGAGAUCGGCCGCCGUGAGCGCGAGCUGGAGGCCACCGUCCGCAAACCCGCCGAGGCCGAGCGCUACCGCCUCGAGCGCCUGGCCGAGGCCCAGCGGUCACAGAUGAUGAUGCAGGCGGAGGCUGAGGCUGAAGCCAUGAAGGUGACGGGGGCGGCGCGGGCGGCGGCGGUGGCUGCCCGGGCGCGGGCGGAGGCGGCGCAGACGGCGGCGAAGGCCGAGGCGUUCCGCGAGUACCAGGAGGCCGCCAUCGUUGACAUGGUGCUGCAGCGGCUCCCCCAGGUGGCAGAGGCGGUAGCGCAGCCGCUGCUGGGGACGCGGCGUGUGACGUUGGUGGCCGGUGGCUCCGGGGACAUCGGGGUGUCGCGGUUGCCGGGGGAGAUCCUGGACGUCGUCACCCGCCUGCCCGCCACCGUCGAGGCCCUCACGGGCGUCAGCGUCACCCAGGCUGCCCAGAAGAAGUCCGAGUGCCAGGCCUGAGCCAGUGCCACCGCGUCCCCGAAGUGCCACUACAUGCUGGUGCCACCCUGCCUGUGAGGCGUCGCCACCCCCGGGAUCCCACGUCUGCAUGGUGUCACCACCCCCCGAAACCCCCAUCUCGCCGAAGUGCCACCACCUCCCAGCGAUACCGCGUCCCCACAGUGCCACCGUGCCACCCUACCUGCGAGGUGUCACCACCCCCUGGAGCCCCUGUCCCCACGGCGUCACCAUCUCCUGGAACCUCCUUCUCGCCAAAGUGCCACCAGCUCCCAGCGAUACUGUGUCCCCAAAGUGCCGCUACCCCACGGUGCCACCAUGUCCCCAAAGUGCCACCAUUCCGCUGCGCUAGUGUCCUCCCAUGGUGCCACCACCCCUCAAUGCCACUGUGCCCCUGAGAUGCCACCACCCCACGGUGCUAAUGUGUCCCCAAAGUGCCACCGUCCCCACCCACCCCCUCAGGGGCUGGUGUGUCCCCAGGGUGGAGGACACGUCCCCGUGUCCCCACAUCAUUAAAGCUGCUGCGUCUGCACUGGCCA